AUGGCACAUGUUCAACCCCAUCGUGUGCCUGAGUUUUCCGUGUCCGGGAGCGGUGAGGACGCGUCAGUGUUCUGGGAACCGAGUUCAUCCACAACCGACCCUUUCGCAACCCAAUCACCAUCGGAUACCAUUCUCCCCGCUCCUUCGCCCUUAGGUGAAUUUCCAACCCCGCCGUCAUCUCCCACUGGCAGUCUUGGCGGUUGUGGUGCUGAACUCUCUGUCGUUGGUUCAACCAUUGAUCCCACCAACAAUGACAAGAAGUCUUGCUCGUCUCGCACACGAUAUGGAGGUCCCGCACUCGAGCAUUUGGCGAGAGUUGUCAGCGAAUGCAACCCGUAUACCGCCAAACACAAACACAAGACUCAGGCUUGGAAGGAUGUUCACAGCGCGAUGAAGAAGAAAGGGUACUUUACGAAUACUUCGUAUGCAGUGGUCCGAAAUAAAAUGGGACAGCUUCUAAAGUAUCACGAGGAUCCCGAUUCCGUUCCAAGCAUGGAUACUACCUUGUCACAAUCACAGAAGAUCGUCAUUGCUGCUCUUCUCGACAAGGUAUCAGAAAACCAGCGAGUUGCCGCUGCAAUGAACGACGAACAGAAAGAAUCUGAAAGGAAGAAAGCUGAUGCCGAUCGUGUAGGUGGAGAAGUAAUACGAGCUCAGGCUUCUCGUUCCACCACACGUCAGAGUCGGAAGAGGGAAAUUGACCAGGUUGACGAUUCUGAUAAGGAGAACGUGUCUCCCAGGCCCACUCGUUCUGCUCCAGCAGCGAAACGCAUCCGCAGGGAGAAAACUGGUACCGAGUGGGAGACGGUACUUGAUGUGGUUAAGUUUGGUGAGGAGCAGCGAAGCAGGCAGAACGAAGCAGUUAUCGAGGAAAUGAGGGCUUGUACGGCUGUUCUCGAGAAGUGUUCUGAACGCUACCUGCAGGCCGUAACUCACACUUUGAAACAAUAG